AUGGCCUCUGCACCCUGGCAGCAUUGCCGGCGGUGUUGCUGUCGGUAUGGGAUCUUUCCCGUCCUCGUGGUCCCAAUCGUCUCCUUUGGGUGGCUGUUAUCUCUCUAUUCGUCAGUGGGGUGUAAAUUUAUCGACUUGGAAAUUGGAUUUCAACCGGUCAACGUGGGUUGGGAAGCUACUUCACCGUACUCCUUUGGACCGCUCUUUUACCACAAUCAAACUGUGGAACAUGACAGCAUGUAUCGACAAACGUUCCACGGGGGUUGUGAGGCAUAUUCCGAUGAAAUGUACGAAAACUACGUUUCACAUGAUAGAACCUUCAAAAUGAUACAAAUCAUGACGCUGAUAUCAAUUGCGGCCAGUACUUUGGCAAUGGCAGUUGCAUGGUUGUUUGUAAUCAGCCCUGUGCCGGCUGAUUUCUUGUGGCCGGCUGUCCUAUUGCCUUCCAUAAUGGUGGCUUUUAUAUGCGAAGGUGCCAAGUUUCUCAUUUUCGAUACUGGAGUCUGCCGCAGUGCCAUGUGGUACCGAGGGAGUCUGCUGGUGCCAGAAAAGGCAGAAUCGUGUAGAAUGGGCGAAACAGGCUGGUUUGCAUGUGCCGCGGGAGUGCUGCACUUUUGGGCGCUGGUAUGUGUCUGUCUCAGAAGUCCGGAACGACGAAUAGACGACACACCGUUCGAUCCACUGGCCACUGCCGAUGCUAGUAAAGAAGAAGAGGAAACAAGUGACACCCCAGACCUAGAAGGUGCGUGUGGAGGAGGAUCCUCCAACACAGACAGCCAAGUGGUAGUCGUGAUGGACGAGGACCCGGAAAAGCUAAGCGGCAAAGAAUUACUAAUCCUCCCGAGACUAGCCGAUCUCCCCGAGAAGGCAAUCGCCAACACAAUUGGAUCGUUCACGGAACUGAUGGACUCAACCAGCUGCAACGCCUCUGACCUUCCAUUGAAGCUUGGGCCCAUUGACACGAGCUUUGGCAAUUGCUGUAGCCCCAUGUCCGAAGGCAAGCCUGCUACAGCUAGCCCUGAACUUAUUCCGGAUGUUCCUGAACGGCGGGUUGAGGACGCUCCGAUUUCACCGGUUGACUUUAUAAUAGAAGGGUUCGAUGUUGCAACUGACUUUUCUCAAAUCAAUGUGUGCCGGACCAUGUCGUGGUUGCCUGCACAGCAGAAAGCUCUGGAAGAUUCUGGUUCCAGUGGUCUUACGGCAACUGCACAAGAUGAUUCGACGGGAGACACCAAAGAUCCAACCGCAACAACGCAAGCUCUCCGACAGAAAGAAGCUCCAUCGCAAGCACAAGCACAAGCACAAGCACAAAUGCAACCACAACAAGCCCCAGAGAACGCAAUGCAACCGAUACCUUCCAAGGAACAUGCAACAUCGCCACUUGAGGAAGCAGUGCCAGCAAAGGAAAUUCCGCCAACGAGGGAAGCCCCAGCAUUGGAGGUGCCAGCAAAGGAAAUUCCGCCAACGAGGGAAGCCCCAGCAUUGGAGGCGCCAUCAUUGAAAGAUCCAGCAAAGGAUGCGCCAUCCGAUGAUCAGCACAACAAACCAGCCCCGAUGUUUCUUCGACUUUCCGAAACUCGCAGCAACGAUGAAAAUGCUCCACCAUCACCGUCAACCUGA